AUGCCAUCCCUUCGGGAGGCUGCCGUCCAAUUCAAUGAAAAGCAGGCAAGGAAAUCGUUACUUGGCCCCAUAAGACAGCUCUUUCUCGACACCGGAAUGCAUGAACGGUAUGGAGUCAGUCUGCUGCACAAGCAUUUUCCGAUGGAGACCAAUCAGCGGCUUGUGGACCUCCGAAACAUCUCUUCACCGUGGACUGUCAACGACAGUGAUGUCGUGGUGCCCAAAUAUGAAGGCUUCGUCAUUCCGCGGACUUUCAGGUUCUUGAAGGGAGUUUUGUCUCCAGUUGAAUUUGAUUUUUCGCCGUGCUCGUCUGAUAAAGACGCUGGUCAUGAUUUUGAUUUCCUUGCCGCGGUUUCGGUCCUUCUCCACCAAUACGGUUUAGAGAACGUACUUGGCGUGCGUUCUCUAGACAGACAUGACCCGGAGUUAUCUGUGGAGGUCACCGAGGGCAAAACCAACAUCAUGAUACAACGUGGAUCGGUCAAUGACUCGGAGCUCAUCGAGGCGUUCUGGGUUUUUAGCACUGACGAUGACGAUCGGUGCCAUUGCAGAGAGUACUGCUUUAAAGACUCGGAGGGAAAUCAUAUCGAUAACCAUGGAUGUUCCUGA